AAGUGAAAGUGAGUGAUGACUGUACAAUGCCUUACUCAGCACCUGGAAGACAGAGAGACUGGAUCACAGAACAAUGACAUGAAAAGACAAUUUCUGCUGGAGCGACUGCUGGAUGCAGUGAAACAGUGCCAGAUCCGCUUUGGAGGGAGAAAGGAGAUCGCCUCAGAUUCCGACAGCAGGGUAACCUGUCUGUGUGCCCAGUUUGAGGCCGUCCUGCAGCAUGGCUUGAAGAGGAGUCGAGGAUUAGCACUAACAGCAGCCGCGAUCAAACAGGCAGCAGGCUUCUCCAGCAAAACAGAAACAGAGCCCGUGUUCUGGUUCUAUGUGAAGGAGGUCCUCAGCAAGCAUGAGCUGCAGCGCUUCUACGCCUUGCGCCACAUCGCCUCGGACGUGGGCCGCGGCCGCGCCUGGCUACGCUGCGCCCUCAACGAACACUCCCUGGAGCGCUACCUACACAUGCUCCUGGCCGACCACAGCAGGCUCAGCACUUUUUAUGAAGACUGGGCUUUUGUGAUGGAUGAAGAAAGGUCUAGCAUGCUUCCUACCAUGGCAGCUGGUCUGAACUCCAUACUCUUCGCGAUUAACAUCGACAACAAGGAUUUAAACGGGCAGAGUAAGUUUGCUCCCACCGUCUCGGACCUCUUGAAGGAAUCCACGCAGAAUGUGACCUCCUUGCUGAAGGAAUCCACGCAAGGAGUGAGCAGCCUUUUCAGGGAGAUCACGGCAUCCUCGGCCGUCUCCAUCCUCAUCAGGCCUGAGCAGGAGACCGACCAUCUGCCCGUCGUGUCCAAGCACAUCAGUGCCGAUGCCAAGUGUAAAAGGGAGAGGAAGAAGAAAAAGAAGGUGACUAACAUCAUCUCGUUUGAUGACGAGGAAGAUGAGCAGAGCUCCGGGGAUGUUUUUAAGAAGAUCCCUGGGGCGGGGGAAAGCUCAGAGGAGAACUCCGACCGCUCCUCAGUCAAUAUCAUGACGGCCUUUGAAAGCCCCUUUGGGCCAAAUUCCAACGGAAGUCAGAGCAGCAACUCAUGGAAAAUCGAUUCUCUGUCUUUGAACGGGGAGUUUGGGUACCAGAAGCUCGAUGUGAAAAGCAUCGAUGAUGAAGAUGUGGAUGAGAAUGAGGACGACGUUUACGGGAGCACACCUGGAAAGAAGUCCCCGGGCCACUCGGAGUCGCCGGAGAAGCCGCUAGACGGGGCUGCCUGCCUCUCCCAGAUGCACAGCUGGGCUCCACUGCACGUGCUGCAUGGCGACGCCGAUGUGCUCUUCCCGGUCAGUGGCGUGGGCUCCUACGGCCCUGCAGAUACCCCCCUCGGGAGCCUGGAGAACGGGACAGGACCCGAUGACCACGUCCUUCCAGAGCCUGGACCUCGGUACAGUGUGGAAGCCAGUCCUCCAGGCCAAGGAAGUCCUCUGAGCAGCCUGUUACCUUCUGCCUCGGUGCCAGAGUCCAUGACAAUUAGUGAACUGCGACAGGCCAUCGUGGCCAUGAUGACCAGGAAGGAUGAGCUGGAAGAAGAGAACAGGUCACUGCGGAACCUGCUUGACGGUGAGAUGGAGCACUCGGCCGUGCUCCGCCAAGAGGUCGACACCUUGAAACGGAAGGUGGCCGAACAGGAGGAGCGGCACUUCACAAAGAUCCAGGCGUUGGCAAGAGAAAACGAGGUGCUCAAAGUCCAACUGAAGAAAUACGUGGGAGCUGUCCAGAUGCUGAAAAGAGAAGGUCAAACAGCUGAAGUUGUACCAAAUCUUUGGAAUGUUGAUGGAGAAGUUACAGUUACUGACCAGAAGCCGGGAGAAGUUGCCGAGGAACUAGCAAGCUCCUAUGAAAGAAAGCUCAUUGAGGUGGCAGAGAUGCACGGGGAGCUGAUCGAGUUCAAUGAGCGCCUGCACCGGGCCCUGGUGGCCAAGGAAGCCCUCGUGUCCCAGAUGAGGCAGGAGCUCAUCGACCUUCGGGGGCCGGUGCCCGGAGAUUUGAGUCAAACAUCCGAAGACCAGAGUUUGUCGGAUUUUGAAACAUCAAACCGAGCGCUGAUCAACGUCUGGAUCCCGUCAGUGUUUCUCCGGGGCAAAGCCACCAAUGCAUUCCACGUGUAUCAGGUCUACAUCCGGAUAAAAGACAAUGAGUGGAACGUCUAUCGGCGGUACACGGAGUUCAGGAGUUUGCACCACAAGUUACAGAACAAGUACCCUCAAGUGAGGGCCUACAACUUCCCACCCAAAAAGGCCAUUGGAAAUAAGGACGCCAAGUUUGUGGAGGAACGCAGGAAGCAGCUCCAGAACUACCUGCGCAGCGUCAUGAACAAAGUCAUCCAGGUGGUCCCCGAGUUUGCCGCCAGCCCCCAGAAAGAGACCCUGGUCCAGCUGAUGCCCUUCUUUAUUGACGUCACCCCUCCUGGAGAACCGCUGACCAAGAACAGCCGGCCCAAAGUGGCUUCCCGCUUCCCCAAGCUGUCCCGAGGUCACCCCAGGGAGACGCGCAACGUGGAGCCCCAGAGCGGCGACCUCUGACCUCAAUGGCCACCCAGACUCGGGCCCUACGUGCUGCGCCAGCUGCCUCCACCCAGGCCACGGCAGCUGGCCCCUUCCACCUCGGAGGGACAACCCUGUCCCCCCGGUGAACCCCAGAGAGCACACCUUCCCCGCUGGUCCCGUGACACCCUGAUUAAACUGGGCCGUGUGAGAACAGGGCAGCUCCUCGCAGGACAGACGCAGACAUGUGGGCCCUGCUCUCCCCGGGCCCUGCCCUGGGCCAUGAGGGCCAGCCGUUCCCCUCCCUCCAGCUCAAGGGCCAGCAGGAGGGUGGGCACUGGAUCGGGCUCGGAGCCCCCUGGUUGAGAUGCACGAGUCUGAUGUCUCAGUUGGUCAGAAGGUUCAUUGAGAAACCCCCUCUUAACUCUUGCCCAUGUGGGAAUUUGAAUGACUGGUUUGGGGUUUUUUUCCCCCUGUUUAAUGUAAUUGCCUGUUACUACCUAUGGACGUGAAGGGUUUGGAGGGAGGCUAGUUCCUUCCCAUGCACUCCCCACCAGUGGUCAGUAGACACCCUAGUUCUUGCCACCGUGCUCCAGGGAGACAGUCCCGUGGCCUUCGUGUGAAGGAGCCGUUAGAGGGAUGUGGAACUGUGGUUCUUGGAGAACUUCCCUACCUCCUUAUGGUUGGUUCUGGAAGGACCAGCCCCUUUAGGAAACCUGAGGCCCCCUAGGCCCAUGUGCACCUGGUCAGGCCAGCCAGCAGCAGCAACCCAGUGACCUGUAUUGGAGAGCUCUGGGCUAUCCAGGAGUCGGUGGCCUUGGCCUCGAAAGCCUAGAGGAGAGCCCUCAGGCUGUUAGAGACUCAGCUCCGGGAAGCAUUCCAGAAGGUUCUGUGGACCUCGGGCUUUCAGACCUGGCCCCGGAGCUCCCAGGCGCUCAGCGUGGCUGUGAACUUGGACACAAGUGUCCACUCUGCACAGAUCAUGAUCAUCCCCUAAAGACGAGGGUGUGCAACACAGCCUCUGUCAGCCAGCAUGUUCUCAGCGGGAGCAGGGCCCUGUGUGCCCGAGACCAAUCCCUCUGCUCCUCCCAUUCAGAGCGGGGGCCCCCCUGGCCGCUCGCCCCAUGGGACCAGAGCCAUUUAGCCAGCUUUAACAUCCAGAAUCAUGGAACCUUCUCCCACCCUGGGCAAGAGCCGUCCUCAGCGGCUGAUACAAAGAGAGGCAUUUUCUGGGGACGACAGCCGGUAUCAAUGUGUGUGAAAGAUGGUCGGUAGAAGGCUAACCACCAUCAGCUUACAACUGGGUGAGCGGUGUGGGUAAUCAUUGAGCAUUUCCUAGAUAGCGGAAAACUCAGGAAGGAAUGGCCUGGAAGGUUUGUGUUGCGUGUUCCUCCCAUCAGCCAAAAGGAAACUCAUCAGAGCCGUUAAGCAGAGCUGAGAUCAUCUACGCACAGCCCUCCAGAGGCUCGGAGGAGGCCCGAGUGACUUCUGAGGGAACAUUCUGCCAGCUCAGACAUGCAUGUGACAUGCACAUUACAGCACCUCCUCAAAGCCUUAACUUCGGAAUCACAUGGAAUGUUCUGCAGUGAUUAGUCCAUCCACCUGCUCAAAAUACUCCUGCCCUGCUCUCCAGGGUGGCGGGAUGGACUUAGAAGGGGCAGACUCCCCAGCUCCUAGAGAAAGAAUAAAACACCGAGAUCCAGGACAAAUGCCAGCCCCUGAGGAUGUGUCGUCAUCUGCCCAUCAAUCCACCUCCAAUUCAGAGGGUGGGAGAUCCCCUGGGACCCAUCGCGGGGAAAGGCAGCCCUUCAGAAAGGAGCAGCUGGCAUUGCUUCUCUCUCCUUGAUCAAAUUAGAAGAUUGUUUGGAGCCUCCAAAGUCGGCGUCUGAGAGAGGAAGCCACCCCCCAUUCUGAAAGGAACUGAAGGGCCCGUCUCUCAAGACGGCCUUGACCCUCUGGUACCCCACCUGUACGGGGAGGGAGAGGCCCCUCCAGGUCCCCUCUGCAAAGCCAGGCUGUCUGCUCAGGGGCGGCUUCAGCCAGAAUGGGCCGCAGCAUCAGCCGGGUCCAUCUCUGCCAUCAUCUUGUUUGCUCCCUCCUUUUCCCCCAGAUAAAGGAGACCCAGGAAAAGCAGGGCUGGGUAGAGACAUCUCUCCUUAAUAGAGAAAACCAAAGCUCCCAGAAGGGCGGUCCGAGGCUGGUGUAAACCUCGCCCAGAAGCGAGCUUUCCCAGCUCCUAGUGCAGCUGGUCUGGAAUCCUGGCUUGAAACAACCCAGCCUCUCUCCACAGUCAGGCCCUGGGGGAGGCGGCGGCUUUCCUGGAAAAGGCUGUUAAACCCCGCGGUGGUCGCCUUUAACAGCGUCACCAGGCCCAUCCAAGGGCUUCGUGGCUACAAAAGGCAUCACCUGAUUGAGCUGUAGAGACAGUACCGUCUUGUGAGACCUGGCAAGGGCGUGAAGGGUGAGGCGGAGGGACGCGGACCAGUGUUUGUGGACAAGGUCUGGUCACACAGCGUGGGGCCUACUGAGAUGCGUUCUUUGAUAACCGCUGGAUUUUACAGGCUGUGCUGUGCCUUUAAAACAACAGAGGCAAUCAAAGCUGUUUAAGUCUGUCCGUGGGAUUGAUAACAGAUGCAGCUAACGCCCAGAGGCAGCAGGCACUGGAGGCCCAAGAAUUAAUCCCCAGGUUUUGGGCUCAGAAUCAGGAAACAGGAGUGAAGACCCACCCGCCAGCCCAGUUGAUCCGAAGCACUCCUAACGCCCUGAACUAGGGCUCUGCGGCCCGGGCGAGCCAGUGGCCUUCCCUCCGCUUUUUCUCCUAUUUCCUCAGGACACAGUUUGUCCACUGGAGGACCAGGUCACAGGGUUUCAGGCCUUGGUCCCCCACACCACCUGCUCACCCUCACAGGGGGUGCCACCAGCUGGCCCCCUCACCUGGAGGCCAGGCCCUGACCUCGGGCCCCGGCAGACCUCCCUAACCAGUCACGUCUGGCAUCCUUCCUUCAUCCCUCAGCCUGGCAAGUUGGUACCAGCGCCCAUUCAUGGGAGGUGCUCUCCCCCAAAGGGGGCACCUCGCCUGGGCGUGUCACUGACAGUAAAGAACAGGCUGGAUUCUCAGCCUCAAGCUGCGUGGGCAUCCCCCAGGACCUGCAGAGAAGGAGCCUGCCUGGGAGCAUCAGAUCGGCUAAGAGGCAUCCUAGAAGGAGCACGCCCUGCUCAAGCUUCAACCCCAAAGGCAAUAACUACCUUGACCCUGUCUCGGUGUUUCCCUCGGGACACUGCCACCUGCACUGGACCUUCCCCCAGGCUGGGCGCUUCUGGCACGCAGGCAUCUGCUCACGAGCAAGGCCUUUUGCAACGAUCAUUUUUCACAAUAUUGUGUAUUGUUUCAUUAAAGCUAACAUUAAAUGUUUGCUGUUCAGAUUGGCUUCUGUGCUAAUUUUGCACAAUUGUAGCACUGUAUAUUUUAUCUAACAUUCCCAUGCCAAAAAAUUCAUUUUUCAUGUUUCCCUAACACGUGGUCUUGAUUACGUUUCCAAAAUAAAACUUCGGCUACUGGAUCGAUAGAAGUGAGGGUGGAGCCUUUCCGAUCUCCGUGCUCUGAGCAGAGCAGCUGUCGGCUCAUCCCACAGUGACUGAAACACCCCUGCCCAGUUCGUGGCGGGAUUUCUGACCUUCCCUUCCACCAUGCCCGUUGCCUGGAUGGGUAGUUCUCAAGUCUGUUAAGGAGCCCUUACUUUCAUCUCUGAAUCCUAAUAACUGCAUUAAAUGGGUUUCCUUAUCUACCCAAUCAGUUUAGGAAGAGAAGUGGAAAAAAAAAUCUGGUUUCUCUAAAAGAUGGUUGAGGCUAUAGCAAGGAUGAGCAACCCCACUCUAAGGACAAGCUGGAUCCAUGAGUGUUUCGAGGUCCAGGGAUUCAGUUCUUACUGGCACAUAAAUGUUUUGCCAUCAUCACUGAAAACCACUAGCUGACCCGCCCAGGCUCCCCGCCUGCCCUCGAAUCCCAUCAGGUCUGCCUCCUGCCUUCAUGAACUGCAAGGGAAGAAGCCAUGCACCUCCGACGAUUCUUUCCACCAUCACCUGAGACCAUACAAGGGGACGCCCUUGCAAAAACUGGGACUGAGGACAUGGAAGGUUACAAAAUGGGGGAUCACACGUUUGCACCCAGAGUUGCUAGCCCCUCCAGAGAUGAGCUGGAGAACAGGCAUAGCCAGGAGUGAGGGGGUGGUGGAUUUUUUAUUAUCUAGGAUUCAUCCUAGAAAGAAUGUCUUUGCCUCUGCAGCCUUGGUGGCACCAUCCCUGGCAUCAACAUGUGGUAGAACACUUUGCUUAACUCAUCACAUGCUGACUUCUUGGAGGAGGGAGUCUUCUGACUACACGUGCCAUGGUGACCCACCCGUCACCCACGAUCGGGUCCCAGUGAGCCGUCUGUCGCAGGGAACAAGGCGAAAAAUCUAGAGUCUAGUGUCUGGAUGUGAGGCCUAGAAGCCCGCGGAUUCGCUCUGAAACACAUAGUAUUAUCUUAACUACCCUAUUCUGUUAAGGUUUACACAAUAGAAUUUUUAAACAAACGUGUUUAAUUUUCUAAAAUCUCUUGUAUUAAAAUUUUCUUUUGGAAUAAGCUGUGGUAAUUUUGUUACAAUCUGGUUAAGACACACCUCUUUACAACUGACAACAUUAAAACAGUGACAUUUUCUAAAUUAGA